GACGCGCGCUUAUCGACGAAUACUAUGUGCAUGUCAGCCGUCCAAGCCAAUGGAACUCUCCGUCACUACGACGUGAAGAAUCUCUAUGGUUGGAGUGAAUCGAAGAUAACACAACUGGGACAAUAUAAAGCUAAAAUUGUGGGACUUGGGAAAGAUUUGUUUAGAUACAUCGGCUCUGAUAUCUGCGGUUUCAAUCGAGAAAGUGAGGAAGAACUAUGUCUUAGAUGGCAUCAGAUGGGAGCAUUCCACACCUUCAUGAGAAACCAUAAUUCCCAUUAUCUUCCACCGCAAGACCCGGCACAAUGGCCAUCUGUGGCAAAGGCGACUAGGAAAGCCACCCUGUUCCGUUACAGCUACUUACCCUACCUAUUCAGUCUGUACUUCGAAUAUGGGCAACUCUUAGAAAGCGGUGACCAUACUUUCCCUGCUCCAUGGGAAUCUCUAAUUCCAGUAUUUGUCCGGGGUGGCUCGAUACUGCCUCGCCAGCAACCAAAUAUCACUACAGAUUAUACACGCAAGAAUGCCUUUGAACUGUUGGUAGCUCCUUCGAGUAAAGAUGGUCACGCCUCUGGCUUCUUAUACUGGGAUGAUGGUGAAAGCAUUGUUGAAUCUUUCAAGACUCAUCCAUAUUAUCAGUGGUCAUUCACGUAUAGCAGCAGUGAAAAGUCGGGAAGCUUGACUGUCACAAAGAAAAGAGAUGCAAGUAGCCUAAAAAUCCCUACACUCGAUACGAUAGAGGUACUCGGCUGCAGAGGUCAUCCCGAUUUCAAUAGCUUCGAACUUAAUGGAAGAAAGAUUCAGUUUACCACCAGAGGAGUACCGGCACCGAAGAACGUGGUAAAAUUUAGGAAAAUCGGAAAAGGAAAGAAAAAAGGGAGA